AUGGCAGCUAACUUCUCUAGUGUCCCAGUCCUCGAUUUUGCUCUCGUGUCCGAUAAUGCCACGAAACCAGAGUUUAUCGCGCAGCUCCGACAUGCUUUGAUCAAUGUCGGAUUCUUGUAUCUCAACAACCACACUGUCUCACAGAAAGUUACCAAUGAUUUAAUUGACUAUAUCCCCCGUCUUUUUGGCCUUCCCCAGGAGGCUAAGAACAAGAUCUUUAUGGCGAAUUCGCCACAUUUCCUUGGGUACUCCAAGCUAGGUGCGGAGUUUACCAAAGGGAAGACAGAUUAUAGGGAGCAAUUCGACUUCGCGACACCUCAUGAGACGCAGUGGAAACCCGGCGCCCCGGAGCAUCUGCGCCUGUGGGGACCUUCCCAGUGGCCAGAUGAGGAUCUUAUCCCAGGGUUCAAACACACAACAGAGAUAUACCUCCAGCAAGUCCAGGCUCUGAGCUACCAAUUCAUCAGCUUACUCGCGGAGGCUUUUGGCCUUCCUUCCGAUGCAUUGAACAAAUUUUAUGAUACCGAUGAAUUGAUGCAACACCGCGGGAAGGUCGUCAAAUAUCCCGCUAAUGAUGGUUCUCUGACUGAUCAAGGCGUUGGCCCCCACUAUGACGCUGGCUUCCUGACCUUCCUUCUCAUCGCAUCACCGCAUCGUGGUCUGCAGGUACAGAACCUUUCUGGACAAUGGAUCGACGUUCCUCCUAUUCCGGGAACGUUCGUUGUGAACAUUGGAAAGGCGCUCGAGUUUGUUACCCGCGGAUUGGCAAGAGCUACUUCGCACCGCGUCUUAUCUCCCUCUGUGGGUUCGACACCCCGUUAUUCUGUUCCGUUCUUCCAGAAUAUCAGCCUGAACGCUCGCCUCGUUGACGAAGUCUUAGACUUCCCACCUGAGAUUCUUCAGCUCAAACAACUUCGAGGAGAUCCUGUUCAGACCGAUUCUGUCAAUUUCUCAGAGUUUGACCGCGAGCCAUCGGGAAAGGUGAACCUCAUCGGGCGGGUGAAAAGUCACCCUGACGUUGCGCAACGCCACUACCCUGACCUUUUCAACCAAUACUUCCCAAACGGCCUCCCAAAGCAAGUCAGCGCAUAUUGA